GAACCAUUCGCCAAAUCCAUUACUGUCAAUGCUGAAGAGACGAUCAGCGUGGAGUAUAACUGCUUCGGUCGAAAUUGGAAGAAAGUUCGCGUUCAAUAUCCGACCAACAACUGUUUCCUCUACAGAACGUCAUAACCUACAAGGGCAGAUGACGCUACUUUGUCGUAGCUUUGGUAUGAAUUCUCGAUAGCGCAGUUUCAUGGAAGUAGAGAGAGUUGCAAAAUUCAGCCAGUUAGUUUUGAUCCUACUCUCGUUAGCUAAAGAUGCAACUGUUGUACCAAAUCUUGGUUUUAUUCCUGUUGGACACUGCCUUCGGCAAGUUCUGUGAAAUAGAAGAAAAGACACCAAUAUCCAGAGCAUACACGACAGACGUUAACCAUUAUGUCAAGUGCUCGUACAAGUGCAGUUGGGGCUGGCAGUCAAAAACCAUACCGUCGACGUGUUCCGAAACGACUUGUCAUCUGGACUAUCGAGUGACGAGGAAGCAGGGCUGCUGCGCUGGAUACUAUGGCAACGGAACGGAGUGUAUUCCAGUGUGCAAAGACGGGUGUGAGAAUGGUCGUUGCACUGAACCGGAAGCGUGCACCUGUAACGCGGGCUAUCAGAUGCAGAACGGAAAGUGCACUCCGCAGUGUGCUAACUGUGAGCAUGGCAAUUGUGUCGCGCCGAAUCAGUGCAUCUGUGAUGCUGGGUUCGCGAAGAAUAAUGCCGGCCGUUGCGUUCCGAAGUGCAACGAGGAUUGCGUGAAUGGGGUUUGUAACGAGCUGAAUCAGUGCGUUUGUCGAGAUGGAUUCUAUUUCAAUGAGAAAUUGUUGGAACUUGGUAUUAGAAAUAAUACGGUGUGUACGGCGAAGUGUGAUCGACCAUGUAUUAAUGGAGUGUGUUCCGGUCGUAACCGGUGUGAAUGUUUGUUCGGGUACGAGGUGACCAAGUACGAUCAGUUUACCUGUGCUCCGGUAUGUGAUCCCACUUGCUCCAAUGGACUGUGUGUGGCGCCUAAUAAAUGUGUUUGUAAUAGUGGUUAUAAAAAAGAAUUGGAUCAUUGUGUCCCCGAGUGCAAUCCAGGAUGCGUUAAUAGUUUGUGCAGUGAACCGGGUGAGUGCAAAUGUUUCCAGGGUUAUGAAAAGUCGAAUGAGUCACACGUUUGUAAUCCGAUUUGUCAUCCGCCUUGUGAGAAUGGUGCAUGCGUUGGAGUCCAACAUUGUAUAUGUUUUCAUGGCUAUCGCCAACUGAAUGCUAGUAUGUGUGAACCGUUUUGCAACCCUAAAUACAUCAACACUCAUAAUGGGAUCUGUGUCGCACCAAAUGUAUUACGUUGUAACGAAGGAUAUUCGCUGUCGGAAUCACCCGAUCAAAAGCUGACAUGUACUUCCAGAUGUGAUCCAAAGUGUGUCAAUGCCAGCUGCACUUCCGACGGCAUCUGCAAAUGUCAUACAGGAUAUCAACUGGGUGCUGGAAGCAACCAUGAAUGUGAGCCUGUUUGUAACCCCCCAUGUGAGAAGGCAAAUUGCGUCGCUCCUGAUCAUUGUCAGUGUGAAAGUGGCUAUCGAAAGACACCGGAGAAUCCUGACACUUGCACUUUCUUCUGUAACCCGGAAGUGGUUGACUGUUCACUAGGAAACUGUACCGAUGUAGAUACAUGUGAAUGUCCCGACGGGUUCGAUCUGGUGGAGGAUACUAACCAAAUCCUUCGAUGUGUACCACUCUGUGAACCGCCCUGUGUAAACGGCAACUGCGUCGAAAGCAACGUUUGUGAAUGUCUUCCCGGUUAUCAGCUAUUGAACGCUACCAUUUGUGAACCCAUUUGCGAUGUCGAUUGUCAAAAUGGUGUUUGUACAGGGCCAAAUCAAUGCAGCUGCAACAAUGGAUUCGUAAAGACUAACGAAACUAUUUGUGAACCACAUUGUGAUGCCGAUGUCAUUAACUGCACAUUUGGAGUCUGCGUCCAACCGAACGAUUGUCAAUGCCACAGCGGUUAUCAUCUUAAUAAUUCCAGCUGUCAACCAAUCUGUGACCAGCUCCCACUGAACAGCAUCUGUUUUGCUCCUGGUAAAUCCCGAUGUCUGGAUGGCCACGAACCAGGAAAUGAUGGGAACUGCAGUCCCGUUUGUGAGCAAGAUUGUGGAAAUGGAACAUGUAGUGCUCCAAACACCUGCAGUUGCGAUUCCGGCUAUCAGGUUGAUGAAACCGCUUCCUGUAACUCGAUCUGUGAAGAUAAGUGCACCAUCGAGGCCGGAGUUUGUGAUGAUUUGCUGUGUAUCUGUAACGCAGGAUACGACAAUCGGGAAAGUAUCUACUUCUGUUCACCUGUUUGCAAUAACUGCCUCAACGGAAAUUGUACUGCUCCUGGAGAAUGCGAGUGCUUCGAAGGAUUCGAAUUAUCCAACAGGACGAUGAUUUGUGAACCUGUUUGCGCCGAUUGCGCUGAUGGAUGCUGCAUUUCUCCCGGUGUUUGUCAGUGUAAGGAACCUCAAGCCGCCAGUGCGAGUGCAGAAAACUUCCCCUGGACAAUCGUUUGGUGUGUAAUAGGGGGAGCGAUUACCUUGGCCGCUGCAUACAUUAUAAUCAAAUACAUCAAACAUAAAGGAAUAGAACAUUCCUAUAAAUGUGAAUAUGAUCCCAGUUUGGAACAAACUUCAAUUUCUGGAAGCCUUUGAAGCCUGGCAAUCUAUUAUUAGACAGAUAGUCCCAUAGAUAGACUCCUAUUGGCGCAGUGACAUCUGGGAAAAAAGAGUAAGAUGGAAUGCGACAUGACAUAUGUUUACUGAAAAAAACAUUAAAAAUAUAAUUAGUUGUAAAUAUAACGAAAUUUGGGAGUUAAUUUUGACCAAAUUUGAGGGGUAUAAUUUAUGAAUGGAGUCUAAGAAUACCGAGGUGCUUAUUAUUAAUGAAGUGAAAUUUUCCAGUUAGAAAACUAAAAUAGACAGUAAACAGGACCAAAUCUCGUUUUCAUUUGAAGUCUAAAUAAGAUGAGUAAUAGCUUUCCCCGCAGUCUACUGAAUAAUGAAAUACAUCAGAC